UUCUGGAAGGCCCUGACCCAGAGAACAGAGGUGACACUGAGUCUGACCAGACAUAAGCCCCAGAAAUGAGAUGCGUUCUGCCCCAGCCUCUCUCCCUCAUCCGCAGCUAAGGUCCUUGGCCCAAGUCCUGGCAGCAGAAGGCUAUGGAGUGGCUACAAUUAUUCCCAGAACGGAAGUGAGGGGGCUCCCGCCACAGCAGGCCCCCAGCCCAACCUGGCCCGGCCAGAGAUACCUGCCCCGGGAGCUGAGCCCACCGGGCUUCCUGCCUCCAGCCUGGCACCAGCAGAAGCCCAGGAAGAGGAGCAGCCUUCUCAAGGAGCUGGGCGCCUUCCAUGUUGUCAUCGCUCUGCUGCACUUGUUCUUUGGGGCUUACCUGGUCUCUACUGUCACGGAUCUUCACCUGGUGGUGCUGAAGUCUUGGUAUCCGUUCUGGGGGGCUGCCUCUUUUCUUAUUUCAGGGAUCUUGGUGAUAACGACGGACAUAGUCUUGAAGACUUAUCUGAAGAUACUUUGCCUGACAGCACACGGCGUCAGCUUCUUCUGCGUGCUAGCGGGCCUCUUUGUCAUUGCCAAAGAUCUCUUUCUGGAGAGGACGUUUGAUUUCCCGAUCUGGACCCCGUACCCCAACAGCACAGUCCACAUCCAGAGGCUGGAGCUGGCUCUGCUCUGCUUCUCCUUCCUGGAGUUCUUCCUGCUGAGCUACACGGCCGUCACAGUCUGCAGGGCUGGCCGCCGGCCUGCAGAGGAAGGUGACUUAUCCUUUGCUCCGGACACAUCAUUGUGGGGGCUCAGGGGGCCACCGAUGAGUCCUCCACCAACCUAUGAGGAUGUGACUUGGCGUGACAUGUAAGACGAGCCAGAGCAGAGGGCGCCUACGUGGCUCAGUCAGUUGAGCGUCUGACUUCGGGCCAGGUCGUGAUCUCACGGUUUGUGGGUUCAAACCCCGCAUCAGGCUCUCUGCUGUCAGCUCAGAGCCUGCUUCAGAUCCUCUGUGCCCCCCCUCCCCUGCCCCUCCCCCCUCUCAAGAAUAAAUAAACAUUAAAAAAAAUUGGGGGGGCGCCUGGGAGGCUCAGUCGGUUAAGCGUCUGACUUCGGCUCAGGUCAUGAUCUCGCGGUUCAUGGGUUCAAGGCCCGCAUAGGGCUCUGUGCUGACAGCUCGGAGCCUGGAGCCUAUUUCGGAUUCUGUGACUCCCUCUCUCUCUGCCCCUCCCCUGCUCGUGUU